AUGAAGGAUACGGCGCAGCAAGUUGACGACUUAAUCGCCAACUCCAACCAUAUCUCAAAAUGGGUCGAGGAGCAGCCAAGUGAGAGCCAGGCAAGUUGGGCCCGGUCAAUCUUUGCGAGGCUUCUCGAGGGCGCCUCACAGCCCAGGGGUGCUUCGGGCAACUCGUGCGUAAAACUCUGCGGCUUCGUGGAGCAGUCAUCAAAGUCGCGGUCCCAGGAUCUCCGGCUCUGGGCCUUUUCCAGGGAUGUCACCAUCAGGCUGUUUGAUUUCUAUGUCGAGUGGAACGAGUCGGACAACCACCGUUCGAUGAAGCUCGUUCUCGAUCUGAUUCCCCAGCUCAUCAGGAGAAACCCGGACGAGGAAGCAGGUCAGGCAACAAAGUCUGCUAUCCUUGACAAUCUUGUGUCGAUUGUCACGGGCAAGUCGACAAAGCCUCUCGCCAAGUCUGCUAUCAAAGCCCUGGAUCACCUCGUGACCAAGAACAUUGUCACCCUGGAAGAGAUUCGAUCCAGCUAUGUCACUCUCCAGCAAAAAGAUACCUCCGUUAAGACACUAGAAGUAUGGAAACCGUUUAUCUUCGAGUUGUUCCACUGGAUGACACUUCACUUUGUGUGUCCAACGGCUGGGAGGUUCAUCGUCUGCAUUUACCGCGGCCUGAGGCGGCGAGACGGCGAGACACCAGUCGAGUUGACCGUCGAGACGUGGCACAAGUGGCUUCUGGAGGCUGUGAACGAGGAGCCUUCGAUUCUAGAGUCUAUCAAGAAUUACAUCUUCCUACCCCUGUUCAAGGCUGACAAGGUCGAGGCCUUGGACUUCUUGAAGAGAAUGAAUGAGCACGAGGCAGUUUCUGCUGGUGCCGAGAUAGACCUGAAUCUCCCAGCGCUUCUCCAAUUGGCGGCUUUGGAGAUCGGAAAAAAAGUCGGCUUGGUGGAGGAGCCUGCACUGGGCAAUGACAAGACGAGCGAUGGCGAGUCAUCAAUCGUGCUCCAUGAAAAGGUUCUGGAGAGUGUGUUGGCCCAUCCUUCACAUGAAGUUCGAUCUCUUGCCCUCUCCCUGCUCGUCAGUUCCCCGUCGACGACAAGGCCAUAUUCGUCCACCGCCUUGGACUUGCUACGCAAGCACUUGGCAACUUAUUUCGCAGACUCAGACGCAAAGUUCCGAAACGAGGUGGCUGGCAAGGUGCGAGAUAUGUUCAAGAGAGUACGAGGCGCCAUCUUUGUGCUCAAGAAGAGCAUACCAAGAGCAGCCGCUCGAGACCAAAAGGGGCAGCCCGGACAGACAGUGUCAAAGCCCAUUCUCUACCGAACCAACCUAAUCUCACUACCGGAAGCCCAGCUGGUUGAUUGCUUGGACUAUCAUCAAAAGUUCUUGUUCUGGUACAUCAGCUUCUUGUGCAGCGAGUUGACGCCAACGGCCUCUUAUCAACGGCAUGCCGCUUCGCUAAAAGCGGUGACAUUUAUCCUCCGAAUGGAGGGCGAAGUGACAAAGACAUGGGAAACUGUUGAUGAUCAGGAGCUUUUCUUUGAUCUGUUCAACGGUCGUUGGCUUCGUGCCCUGUCUGAUCUGGUCAUGGAUCCCUUUGACGACAUUCGAGAUCACUCGGCCACAGUGCUCAAGAGAAUAUUCUCUGAUGAGCGGUACAGAAACUUCCACCUUAUGGCUACAGGGGGCAAGGUGAAUCCUGCAGAGGAGCUUGCAGAACUUCUCAGAAGGUCUGAUGAGCUCGCACGCCGGACUGCGAGAGCAGAUCACUCAGAUGGUGUUGCUAGGGUUUGCCAGUUGCUCUACCGGUUCUCCCAGGACGAGCAGCAGCGACUUGAUCUUCUUUCGAAGCUUGUUGGCGGCGUUCAAGAGAAGUUGACAGUGGCGGAAAAGGACCUUGGCCGGGCUGUUCUGGAUGCUCCUCUCCACGGUGACUUUGCUUCUCUCUGCUACACGUGGCAGGUGGUCUCUGAGCUCCAAUUCUCCGAGGCCGAGCUACAGGCUGUUCAAGGUCUGCAGGAUUCGCUUGUGACCUGCUGCGAGCGAGUCUGGGCGGCUGUCCGGGAUAUUCUUUGCGAUGACUCUCCAGAGGGCCAUCUCCCCCAGGAACUCGAGGAAGUAGAUGGGCUUGACACGAAGGACGUCCUGAGCUACAGUUUCCGAUCAGUUCAUGAAUCAAGCAACCUUUUGCGGACCCUGAUUCUCCCUAUCAAGCAACGAUCCCGUGAGGGCAAGAUCUUUCCAUCGAGGGAGGUCUAUGAAAGGAUAGGAAAUCUGACAUUUACCCAGCUGGCUAGCCUUAGACACCGUGGUGCUUUCGCUACUGUCGCCUUGACCUUCUCAACCUGCUGCCAACUGGUCAAGCAUCUUGACCAAGGAGAUGCGGGUAUCGAAGGCCCAGAUCUGUUAGAAGCAUGGUACAAUGGCACUCUGGAUGCCAUCUACGCCCAAGUAUCAACAACUCGACGAUCCGCCGGAAUCCCAUCCAUGAUGACAGGCGUACUCUCCGCCAAUGCGGCUAGCCCCUCGUUCGAGCAGGUCAUGGCCAAGCUGAUGGAGAUUGCCAGCCAGGAGGCCCACGCCGCCGAGACGGACGGCUCUAACUUGCCCCAGGUGCACGCCUACAACUGUCUGAAGGAGAUCUUCAAGAGCUCGUACCUGACGGCCAUGGGAAACAAGUCUGAGAAGUUCCUGACGCAGUGUCUCGAGCUGGCGGCGAAUGGACUCAAAUCGGAGCUCUGGGCGAUCCGCAACUGUGGCCUCAUCCUCCUCCGCAGUCUCAUUGACUGUCUAUUUGGAUCCCACCAGAGCAAGGCCACGAUGGAGGCUGGCUGGGAUGGCAAAGCCAACCGUAUCUCAUAUCAUCGCUACCCCUCCCUGCCAAAGGUUCUCCUGAACCUUCUCAAGUCGGGCCACCAGAUGAUGGCGGCUACGGCCACAAGCUCAGCGGCAGCCGAGUCUGUCUUCCCAGCUCUCGACAUCAUCCGGAGAGCUGGACCCCCUGAGCUUCUCCGUGAAGAGCUUCAGGUGCACAUCGCCAAGUAUCUAGCCAGCCCAGUCUGGCAUGUGCGGGAGAUUGCAGCCCGAACCCUUUGCUCGUGUCUCUUGCACGAUCUCUGGCUUGACACUAUCAUCAGUCUGGCGGCAGAGUCUGUUCGUUCACCGAUCGGCAACGUUCAGAACCAUGUUCACGGCGUCCUCCUAUCCUUGAAGUACAUUAUUGACAGGCUCAGUGAGGUCAUGCCAGAGCAGCUACAGCACGAUACCCCAAAGCUUUCAGGCUUCCUCAUAGAAUACUGGCGUGAGAUCCAGUCCCUCGACUCCCCAGAAAUCGCCGCAGCCUAUCUCGAGGUUGUGAACCUCGUGCGGGUCCUCCCAAGGCCAAAGGGCGUCGCCCCCCUUGGAUUCGAGUUUCCAGAGGAUAAUGUCCGGGAGAGCGCUCUUCUCAGGGCUCAGCGCGUCAUCCACGAGGUGCACUCCAUCUUCGAGUCCAACGAUCCGGUUGAGAACCUCAACAUCCUUCUACUGAGCAAGACUUUGGGCGUUAACACCAUCGUCGCUGGUCUCGAGACGAUCCCCAAGCUAUGGCGUGCCUCGAAGCUGUCAGAGAGCAAAGUGAACGAGUUCUGCAACCUGUACCGAGAUGUGUGUCUCAAGAUCGGUCCUGCAGAGCCUAGAGUCAUUGCCCUGCAGAAUCUGACAGACAUCUUGGAUCAGCUGCUCAAGACCAAGAACGUUGGAGCUGUCUCGCCGACUCUACUCUCCCAGAUCUGGAGUAGCUUACCAUUGAGCUUAUUGAACCCAGCCCUCGCAAACGCCGUGAUAAGAGUAAGCGGCUGCAUCUCGGCCAUUCUGAGAAAGUCACAAGCUAUAUCUGCGGCUGGUCUCCAGAACUGGGGACAUAUGAUGGCCGAUGCUGGCCUAGAUGACAAGGACUUUGAUACUCGUCUGGCCGCGGCAGAAUCUCUCUGCUCAUUCUUCGUCGGUAUUGAGGAUGAGCAAGACUGGGCACGCGAGGAACAUCUCCCAGCUCUUCUAGCCCUGUACGACUCACUCAACGACGACGAUGACGAUGUCCGGGAAGUUGGCUCCGCCGCCGUAAAGAGUAUCCUCGGCCAGGCCCUCGUCCCCAUCGAAGCCGCCAAUCGCCUCCUCUCGUGGCUGUCGCAACGUUUCGGCCAUGACUCAACUUUCCGGCAAGUUGUUGUCCGUAGAAUCAUGGGAGACGCCCGAUUCCCAACCCCUGAGACUCACACGGCGUCUGUGAGCGACCAGCUGCAGAACGCCAUGAAGUUUGAUGACUCGCUCUUCGUCAUCGAGGAGCAGAACCUUUUCGUCGACGAAGUCAGGGAGACACAACGUUGGGUUUCCAUCUACGAGAGCUUGAGCUGGGAGGCCAAGGAUCCCGCUCUUGAAGCGUUGACCGUGUGGUCAAAUGCUGGCAUCGACGAGAUGCGUCGUCUCGUAGGUGAGGAGGACGGUCCUCUUGGAUACGGUUCCAAGCCAGAAGUCUUUGCAAUCCUCUCCCGCGUCGUCUACGCCUCGGCCGCCCAGGUGAAGGAGAGGCGUCACCCUGACGGUAGACUGCUUGAGGGCGUCGACAAGUUUGGCAGUGCUCUACGAGAAGGACAUGGGCACAUGUCGGGUCUUUUACUACAGCCUCUGGAAAAGACUAUAGACAUCUGA